AGCUGGGCAGCAGCUGUUCGUUUGGACUAAAUUACCACGAAAUCGACGUAUCGAUAUAUCGAUAUCCCAACGCUGAUAUUGAGUUGGACGUUUUUCGAAGUUCGAACAGCUGUUUGGCGUAAAUAGCCUGGCCGUGAGUGCGAAAGAAAAGGCAAGCAGCUGGCUGCUCAACAUUAAUUAAUAAAACACAAAACAGAAAAAGGAAAAACAUAGUAAAAAUAGAAACACAAAUAAUUGAACGCGUCGUGGAUGUUGCUAAAUUGCUUGACGCGCGUGCGAUUGAUUGAAGACAACACGCGAAUAUUGAGAAUUGCAGUGUGUGAGUGGCAGAGACAAUGCUGAACCUUUGACGCUGGCAACUCGUCCCCAAAAGUUGAACCGAACAACGGUCAACGUCACCGAAAGGAAUUUCAUAAAUACGGCUAUGCAAGAAGCAAUAAAUAGGCAAUAAUAAACGCACGUUCUGUUCGGUUUCCCCUGUGUUUGUGUAAUUGUAAUUGAUUAACAUAGACAUCAAUAAUCUUUGAAGCUGUGUUGAUUUUGUAAUUUUACUGCCGCCUACCAAUCAUCGAGCUGUCGCAACAUGGCCUCAAAUGAGGGAUAUCACAAUAAAAUAGAGCCCGGUGCAGCUGGCGCUGGCGAUGAACAGGCUUCAGGUUCUGGCUAUAAUAGUGCGCGUGGCAGCAAUGGAUCCGCUGCUGCCGCCGGAAACAGCAGGCAGUUGCACCAGCAGGUGCUCGAUGAGAACACAUAUCUGAAGCCCUCGAAACAGGCCUAUUUCAGCGACGAAAAGGUGCUGAUACCCGACGAUGAGCGCCUAAAUAUCGGUUUCAGCUUUCGCAAGCUGUGGGCCUUCACUGGCCCCGGUUUUCUCAUGUCCAUUGCGUAUCUAGAUCCCGGCAAUAUUGAAUCCGAUAUGCAAUCGGGCGCCGCAGCCCGAUAUCAAAUACUCUGGGUGCUGUUAUGGGCCACCGUAUUGGGCCUGCUUAUGCAACGCUUGGCUGCAAGGCUGGGCGUUGUCACUGGCCUGCAUCUGGCGGAGAUGUGCUAUCGGCAAUACAAACGUGUGCCGCGUUGGAUACUCUGGAUUAUGAUUGAGAUUGCCAUCAUUGGCUCCGAUAUGCAGGAGGUCAUUGGCACGGCCAUUGCCAUAUAUCUGCUAUCCAAUAAAGUUGUGCCUUUGUGGGGUGGUGUUCUGAUCACCAUUGUUGAUACAUUUACGUUCCUAUUUCUGGAUAAGUAUGGCUUACGUAAACUGGAGUUCCUAUUUGGUUUCUUAAUCACUGUCAUGGCCAUCACAUUCGGCUAUGAGUACAUUGUCUCCGAGCCCAAUCAGGGUGAAUUGUUGGAGGGCAUGUUUGUGCCUUGGUGCAAAGAUUGCAAUUCGGAUGUGCUGCUGCAGGCAGUGGGCAUAGUUGGUGCCGUCAUUAUGCCACACAAUCUCUAUUUGCACUCUGCUUUGGUCAAGUCUCGCGAUGUGGAUCGUCGCCAGCCAAAGAAAGUGAGCGAAGCGAAUUUCUAUUUCUUCAUUGAGGCUUCCGUAGCGCUGUUUGUGUCUUUUAUUAUAAAUCUGUUUGUUAUGGCGGUAUUUGCGCACGGCAUGUACGGCAAGACCAAUCAGGAUGUGUUGGAUGUGUGCGAAAACAAGCCCAUGUACGAGGAUGCCAGGUUAGCGUUUAAAGACAGUCAUAAUAAUACAGAUAUCAUCAGUCCGGAUCUGUACAAGGGCGGCCUGUUCCUGGGCUGCACAUUCGGCGCCGCGGCCAUGUAUAUUUGGGGCGUGGGCAUUCUGGCUGCCGGCCAGAGCUCCACAAUGACUGGCACGUAUGCGGGCCAGUUCUCCAUGGAGGGUUUCCUCAAUUUGCAAUGGCCGCGUUGGUGUCGCGUGCUUGUCACGCGUUGCAUUGCCAUUGUACCAACCUUCUGUCUGGCCAUGUUCAGUAAAAUGGAGGAUCUAACCAGUAUGAAUGAUAUACUAAAUGCAGUCAUGUCGCUCCAGCUGCCAUUUGCAGCCAUCCCGACCAUAGCAUUCACAUCGUCUGCGGCCAUAAUGGGUGAAUUUGUGAAUGGGAUUGGCAACAAAAUCGCCUCCAUAUUACUGACCAUCGUGGUAAUUGGCGUUAAUUUGUACUUUGUGGUCGUGCAAGUGGAAACCCUGGAAAUUAAAGGUGGCAUGUUGGCUCUUGUCUGCAUAUUCGCAAUAUUAUACCUACUAUUUGUGUUAUAUCUUGUAAUACAUAUGGCCGCCUGCAUGGGCAAUAAGCGUCUGAUAAACAGUCGGUGGGUGCAACGUUUUGUGUUACCAAGCCAGAAUAGCUUUUCGAUAAAGAAUGCCAACUCGACGUAUGCCAGAAUUGCCACCAAUGGGGACACAGAUGCGGAGGUUAUGGAAGGUGAGGAUGCGUAGCCAUUACUGUUCUGCACUGAUUCCGAUGACAGUGAGGAGGUUUGUUUCACCAGCAACAACAAUGAGCUGAAUUGCCACAGCAGCAACUUGGACACGAAUGUGGUCAUCAGCUAGCAGUCACUUUUGUUCUGCCCUAACAAAUCGUCCGUCAAGAAGCACAAAGUUGCCACGUUUUGUAUGGGCGUUAUCAUAUUAUAUCACAGACACGGCCCUGCUUACGUACGGCAACUUUUGGUUUCCUGAGAUCUGGCCAUAUCGAGCGAAAACGUGGGAAUUAGUGUAAUACUUUUUCAUAGCAUAUUUAUUUUAACAUGUUGAACGGAGUAUACCAAAAACGAAAAGAGAGGAUUUCAUAGCAAACAAAACUACAUACACCAUAUAAAUAUUCGCAUAGAUCUGCAAAGAACUAUGCGAAAAAUAUGUGUCAUCAAAAAAUGUUCAUCAAAUCAGAGUAAUGUAAUUGAUAAUAAUUCAUAUAAUAUAACAUAUUUUAAAUAUAUUGUCUAGAUUACUUAUAAGGCUGUGAACUGAAAAAGAGAAAUCAAUUUAUCAAACAAUAAUAUGUUAAUCGUAAACAAUGUGUAUUUAAAUAAGUGUGUACCAUUUCAAAAAACAUUCUAAAUAUUUUUAGUUGAGUUGUGCUCUAUAUUUAAUAUAUCGAGGAUUUUAAUUGUACUAUAAAAUGUUUAUAUCAAUUCGCAAUUUUAUUCAACGCAUUUGCACAAUUUGUAAUAUUUCCCACUUUUGCUACUUCAAAUUGUUUUUUUUUAAUUGUUAUCUAUAAAAAUUUAAAUAAAUGAUGAUAGUAUCAAUAAGUACAAAAUAAA